UAUAGCGAUGGUUCAAAAUGGCGGAGCUCAAUGUGUUUGCAGGCAAUCUCCAAAAAGAACUCACUUGUUCCAUAUGCGAAGAGAUAUUUACCAACCCAAGGACGUUGAGAUGUCUACACAGUUUUUGUUUGGAAUGCAUAUCUGACUGGAAUGAGUCGUGUAAACGACAAACACAACCAUUGACAUGUCCUUCUUGUAGGUCAAUAGAGAGACUCGAAGGGAAUGACGUGUCUAGUCUUCCUUAUUCGUUCCACCUCGACUCACUUCUGCAGCUACUUCACGAUAUGAGGAUCACUGCCGACACACAAAACCAACAAGAAAUACCAGACUGUGUCAGCUGUAAGAAACAAAACAAACUCGUUGCUUUCUGUCCGCAAUGCGAGGGUCUGAUUUGUGCUGUUUGUGUGAACGCCCACAAAACUUAUACGACUUUCGUUGAGCAGCACCAAGCGACGAUGCUCUGUGAUUUCAAAAAAGAAAACRUCAAAAACUUAUUCAAGAAUCGUUUUUAUUGCCCGGAAAGAUACCAUGACAACAACAAAAUGGACUUUUAUUGUACAACGUGCAAACGGUGUAUUUGUGUGACAUGUAACGCAACAGAACACAAACCACACCACACAGUGACCGUCGAGGAAGCCGCAGAAGAUGUAAAAGCGUUAAUUAAACAGAAUUUGGAUCGAGUCACUAAACUUAAAAGAGACUAUGAACGAGAACUCGAACUUUCAAAGCAGAACAUGGCACGAAUUGAGCAAGAAUCUAACGCAGCAAUAAAGAAAGUCAGCGAUGAAGUAGAGCAACACAUCAAAGUUCUGAAAGAACACGAAACAGGAGUGAUCAAAACCAUACAGAGAAAACUUCAGCAACACAAAACAGAAAAUGACAAGGAACAAAGAGAACUACGUGAUGGAAUCGAAAACAUCUCUGAGUUUAACCUUCGAGGUCAGACAUUGCUAGAUGAAAAUGUACCACAUUUCAUUGUCAACAGMCAACAGGAACUUUCUCAAAGAUGUGAAACAUUUCUUGAAAAACCAUCAAUAUUGUCCGUCAAGCCAGUUGAACGUAACGCAUGUUUACGUUACACACCCAACCCUCAAGUCACGCAAAGCCUGAAAGAUAUUGGAGAGAUGUUGGAGACCGUGACAGAUCCGUCGCGUUGUUCCAUUGAAAGUUUGAAUGGGAUUAUCAGGUGUGGUUUUGUCAAUUAUUUUGAAGUUGUGACUCUAAAGUCGCAAGCAGAGCCUUGYGUGACUUGUGAAGGCUCCAUUGAUGUUCAAAUCCAAGAUGGAGAGGGGAUGGAUGUGGAGAAGGAAGUGUGUCAAAGUGAAACUGGGAGAUACACUGUGAAGUAUCGUGCAGAAAAACCAUGUAAUUACAUAAUCCAUGUCAGAAUCAAUGGACAAGAAAUCAAGAACUCACCACAGACUGUUAAGGCACGUGAUUUUAGAGGAGUUUGACAUUGUGAAAAAAUUUGGAUAAGUCCCAAAUUGAUAUAUCCGGUGUCACUAGCAGUAAGUGAUAGUGGAGAAGUAGCCAUUUAUGAUUUUGGUAAUCAUUGCAUUUUAAUAUUCAGUGUUGAUGGAAAGUAUUUGAGACAUUUUAGCGGAAGAGAAACCGGCGAAGGUCAGCUUGGUAAUCCUCGUGCUGUAGUCUAUAAUAAAGACCGUUUACUUGUUACAGAUAAUAACAAUGAUACCGGUCUAUUAAAGGAGUUCGAUUUGAAUGGUAAUUACUGUAGAACUAUUUACAAACAACAAGGAGUUACACUACGUGGAAUAUGUGCAACAAAUGAAAACAUUGCUGUUUGCUGCCAGUCCCUAAACAGACAAAAGAAGUCAGGAAUAAAGUUGUUAAAUAAACAAUCUGGCCAGCUAGUUAAGACCAUUUCUUGUGUUAGCCAAGAUGAGGUGCCAUGGUGUGUCGAUUAUGGUAACGAUAAAUACUUUGUCUCAUAUCCAGGUAAACACUACAUCCGUGUUUAUGAUAGAAAUGGAUUAUUUCUGUAUAAAUUUGGAGAGAAGGGUAAUAGAGAUGGACAAUUUAAUGGUCCAAGCGCACUUACCGUUAUAAAUGGUGCAAUUCUUGUUUGUGAUCGUGAUAAUCACCGAGUACAGAUGCUUGAUGAAGAUGGUUUGUUCAUAACCUCUUUUGGUAAUCAUGGUCCAGGUGUUGCUAGAAUAGGUGACCCUCAGGGUGUYGCUGUUGCACCAGAUGGUCAAGUCUUUGUAAUUGAAUUUUUUAUUGGCAGUGUCAGCGUGUGGCGAUAAUUUGGGAAGACCAGGAUGUGAUAAUAUAUGCUCUGACAAAUUCAAACAUUUUGAAAAAGCAUGAUUUAGAGCUGAAAGGACAAUCACAAUUUAAAUGAUAAUUAAGAAACUAAUGUUCAUUUUCUUUACUUUGUAACGUUCUUGAAAUUUGCUCAGGGUCUUAUACUUUCUUAGCUGGAGUAAUGCACACAGGUAUCACGAACACUGUGAGAAGCUUGUACUGCACACUUUAUUUUGAAACAAGACGCUCUUAGAACGUGAAGUCGGGCUAGCUAUUUUAGAAAAUUAAGAAAGACAGGAUAUUACUUGGGUGCAUGUAUAGGCGAACGAGUGACGGGUUGUAAACACGAUAAAAUUAUGAUGUAAUAUUCUGUCUAUCAUAUGAUUAUAUUAUUGUGACAAUAUGAACAUAACGUUAUUGCGUGACACAAUGUGACACGAUGUCCCGUAUGUGUUAAUUUAUGCAGUUCGAGUUCAGUUUUAGUAUGAUUGUGUAAUCGUGUAGUUCAGGAGAUUAAAGCCUUGUUUAAGCGUCGAUUGUUAAUCCUCAUCUUGUUACAAUUAUGAAUGUAAAUUAACUGUACAAUUUCUUUGUAUCUCUAACACAUAGUGAAAGCAAGGAUGCGUUACUUUCACUGGUUUUUUAUUAAUUUAUUAAUGUAUGCUGCUCAAAAUUCUAAUUGUUUAUCACACGCUACUAUACGAUAUUCUUUUCUGACGGCUUUGACUCAACGACGUCAUCAAAGCACUAGAAAUUUUGAGCAAAAAAUAAAUAAAUAAAUAAAAUAUUGUAUAUUGAAAUAUUGUAUUUCUCAAUUUUCCAAAAAAGCUCGACUUUAAGAUCGACUCUAAGAGCGUCUAAUUCAAAAUAUGCAAAAUUUCGUAAGAUUUAAAUAAAUUUGACCUAAAAGGCCGGUCGUGACAUGUCUGGUUGAUUUAAACAUUUUCUGACGCAAUGUUUAAAGAAAUAUGACUUAUCGAAGCUUUUUGUACAUGGAAAUAUAUACAUGUAUUGCAUUUCAAUUCUCUUCUUAUAGCAUAGCGCUAAUCAAGGCAGGUUGCGAAUACAAUAAAAUCAAUAAAAUUCAA